GAAAAUCCCUCGCAACCCACUCCGAAUUCCCACUCAUUAUAAAUAUGAAUGAAGCACCAACUGAAGAUUCCAUCCCGAGUUCACCCAACAUUUCCUCGAUAACCUUUGGAGUUUGCUGAGCAUCUCCUUCAAAAAUUUGAAGCCAUGGUCGAGAGAGAUCAAGUUUGGCCGCUAGCCCCGUCGGGUAGCCUCCGGAGCGACCAGGAUGAAGCAUCUGUGUUCGCCAAAAACGUCCGGAAGCAGAGAUUCAUCAAGUGCUGCGGUUGCAUCAUCGCCUUCAUGCUCAUCCUAGCGGUCGUCAUCAUCAUCCUGGCGUUCACGGUGUUCCGGGUCAAGGAGCCCGUGAUCAAGAUGAACGAAGUCACCGUCACCAGGCUCGAGCUCGUCAACGGGACUGUCCCCAAGCCCGGGGUCAACAUGUCGCUGAUCGCGGACGUCUCCGUGAAGAACCCGAACGCGGCAUCCUUCAAGUACAGCAACACCACGACCACCCUGUACUACCACGGCACGGUGGUGGGCGAGGCGCGGGGCCCGCCGGGCAAGUCGAGGGCCUGGAGGACGAUGCGGAUGAACAUCUCGGUGGACAUCAUCACAGACUCGCUCCUGUCGAACCCGAACCUGAAAACUGACACGAAGCUCGGGCUGCUGCCGAUGAGCAGCUACUCGCGGAUCCCGGGGCGGGUGAACAUGCUCAACAUCGUCAAGAAGCACGUCAUCGUGAAGAUGAACUGCACCAUGACUGUGAACAUCUCUAGCCGGGCGAUUCAGGAACAGAAGUGCAAAAGGCACGUCAAGCUCUAGAAGACAUAAUAAUAAAUCACUUUUUAAUCUAAGUUUGUGUAUGUGUAGCU